AUGCUUUUCCUUUUACUCUUAGCUCCGCUUCUCGUUGGCGCCCAGACGAGCGAGAGCGCACGGCGCGUCAGCCUCAACGAGGGCUGGAAGUUCUCGCGCUUUACCUCCAACCCCGACUCGCUCUCGUACGAUGACCUGAAGCCAUGGGUCCUCACUUCCGGCAACGACUUCAUCGAGGGGUCCAAGCACCAACCACCCUCCGGCACCCCCCCGGGUGGCGAUGUGACGUAUGUGAAGUCCUCUUUCGACGACAGCGAGUGGGAGGCCGUGGAUUUGCCCCAUGACUGGGCCAUCAAGGGCCCCUUCAACGCCCCCGGCGUCAGCGGCGGCAUGGGCCGUCUGCCUUCCAACGGCGUGGGAUGGUACCGUCGGGCUUUGACCGUCUCCCCGGACGACAAGGGCAAGUCCGUCUUUCUGGACAUUGACGGCGCCAUGUCCUAUGCGGCCGUCUGGCUCAACGGUCAGCUCGUCGGCGGAUGGCCGUAUGGGUACGCGUCAUUCCGUGUCGAUCUCACCCCCUACUUGGAGUUUGAGGGAGACAACCUCUUGGCUAUCCGAGUCGACAACGCGCUAGACAACUCCCGCUGGUACCCCGGUGCCGGCAUCUACCGCAAUGUUUGGCUCGUCAAAACCAACCCGACGCAUGUGGGCCAGUUCGGGACCUACAUCACGACAUCGGACGUGUCGGAGGACUCGGCCACGGUCAACAUCGUGGUGGACGUAGCGAACGGCGGUGACUCCAGCCAGGAAGUGGAUGUGGUAACGGAGAUCCAUGAGCUUGACUCAGCCACUGGGCAACCCGGAGCAGAGGCGGUGGCCAAGUUCGAGGAAACGGCGGUAACGGUGCCGGCUGGAGAAAAGAAGUCGACCAACAGCUCGGCCGCGGUAACGAAGCCACUGCUCUGGGGUCCGCCGCCGGCGCAGAAGCCGAACAUGUAUGUUGCCAUCACCACACUGUCCGUCGACGGAACGGUCGUCGAUACCUACGAGACCCCCUUUGGAAUCCGCUCCGUCACAUACGACGCAAAUGAGGGCGUAUCCAUUAACGGAAAGCCGGUGCGCGUCUUCGGUACCUGUAACCACGGUGACCACGGCGCUCUCGGAGUCGCCUUCAACAACCGUGCUGCGGAACGGCAGUUGUCAAUGCUGCAAGAGAUGGGCAGCAACAGUUUCCGCACCUCCCAUAACCCACCCGCUCCGGAACUCCUCGACAUGGCCGAUCGGAUGGGUUUCAUGGUGGUCGACGAGAUCUUCGACUGCUGGAACAGGCAGAAGACCACCAACGACUUCCACACCAUCUUCCCCGACUGGCACGAGCCCGACCUCCGCUCCUUCAUCCGCCGCGACCGCAACCACCCGUCCAUCAUCGUGUGGAGCUUCGGCAACGAGCUCGGCGAGCAAUCCACCGCCGAGGGAGGCGAAACCGCCAAGAUGCUCCGCGACAUCCUCCUAUCCGAGGACCCGACCCGCCCCACCACGGCCGCCAUGAACUCGGCCGGCCCCGACUCGGCCCUCGCCGACGUCCUCGACAUCAUCAGCCUCAACUACCAAGGCGAAGGCCAGGGCACCUCCACCAAAGGCUCCUUCGACGCCUUCCACAAGGCCUUCCCGGACAAGCUCAUCUGGAGCAGCGAGAGCGCGUCCACGCUCAGCACGCGCGGCACCUACAUCUUCCCCGUCAUCCCGGGCAACAGCGCCACCGUCGGCCCCGGCUCCGGCGGCGACCCCGUCGCCCUCCAGGUCAGCGCGUACGAGCUCUAUGCGCCCUCGUGGGGCUCCUCGCCCGACAAGGUCUUUGAGGCCCAGGACCGCCACCCGUUUGUGGCGGGCGAGUUCGUCUGGACGGGUUGGGACUACCUCGGCGAGCCGACGCCCUAUGAUGAGGCCCGCAGCUCGUACUUUGGUAUUAUUGAUCUGGCGGGGUUUAAGAAGGAUCGCUUUUUCCAGUAUCAGGCUCGUUGGAGGCCUGAUCUGCCCAUGGCGCGUCUGCUGCCGCAUUGGUCGUGGCCUGAGGAUAGGGUGGGCGAGGUUACGCCGGUUCAUGUGUUCUCGUCGGGGGAUGAGGCCGAGUUGUUUGUGAAUGGAGAGUCGGUGGGCAGGCGGGAGAGGGGGGAGUAUGAGAUUCGGUUCCGGUGGGAUGAGGUCGAGUAUCAGCCGGGGAAUGUGACUGUGGUGGUGUAUAAGGAUGGGGAGCAGUGGGCGACGGAUACUAGGAGGACGGUGGGCAAGGCGGAGGCGUUGACUGCCGAGGCGGAUAGGACGGAUAUUCGUGGCGAUGGCCAUGAUCUAUCAUUUGUGUCUGUCGCGGUGGUGGACGGGAAUGGAGACACGGUGCCGCACGCCAGCGACGCCAUCACCUUCUCGGUUGAGGGGCCUGGCCAGAUCGUGGCGACUGAUAACGGGGACCCGGCGGAUAUGACGGCGUUUCCGUCUUUGACGCGGAAGGCAUUCAGUGGUUUGGCGUUAGCCGUUGUGCGGGCGGAUAAGGGGGCUACCGGAGACAUCACUGUCACGGCUUCCGCGGAUGGCCUGGAGGCAGCAGUGGUGACGGUGCGAGCCAUUUAG